UUCAGCAACCGGUGUGAAAUUUUUGAGUAAAACGAGGCGGGGAGAAUAUUGUCCUUCACAGUGGAAUUUUAUGACAUAGGAGCAGGAAAAUGGCAUGCUGUUUGAAAUGGAGGAAUAGUGGACCGCGCUGAUGGUCGUGAACUUUAACGAUAUAUUUUGAAGAUGACUGAUGAUAAGAUUCCCAUGUCGGGCGUUUUGUCACCAAAGAAGAACAAUAACUGGGAUGGUGCCAAAUCCUCACAUUUUGAAACGGGACGAAGAGUUCACCAAAACAAGGUCCAUGGGCUACGUGAGCGUGUCCAGGCCCGUAGGAAGUCCUUGAAUGACUCUUUAGAGGGAGAAGUUCGAGACUUCCUGAUCAACGAGGGAGAGCUCCACACCUACGAUGACCUCACCAAAGUCAACCCAGUUACUCCAACCAUAGUGCUAAAAUGCCUGCAGGCCAGGUACAGUGCCAGAGUGUUCUACACGCAUGCAGGCUGCACCCUGGUGGCCCUCAACCCCUUCCACCCGGUCCCACACCUCUACUCCCUGGACGUCAUGAAGGAGUACCAUACUGCUCCCAAGCCCCAGGAAUUCAAGCCUCACAUUUUCAUAGUAGCUGAGGCGGCGUACAGAAACGUACAGGGCCAAGUUGAGCCUGCGGACCAGUCUCUUGUGGUCAGUGGAGAGAGCGGCGCUGGCAAGACAUGGACGUCUCGGUGCCUGAUGAAGUACUAUGCCACAGUAGCUGCCUCUUCCCACGACUGUCAGGACACAGUGGAGAGGAUAGAGAAGAGAGUCCUGGACUCCAACCCUCUCAUGGAGGCCUUUGGAAAUGCCUGCACUUUACGAAAUAACAACAGCAGUCGAUUUGGGAAAUACAUUCAGCUGCAGCUAAACAGGUCUCAGUUGCUGGUAGGGGCAUCAGUCCAAACCUACCUCCUGGAAAAAACCAGGGUAGCGUUCCAAGCUGCCAACGAAAGGAAUUUCCACAUAUUCUACCAGAUGAUGCGAGGGGCUACGCACCAGCAGAGGCAGGAAUGGAAAAUGCCACGUGCCCAGAACUUCAACUGGUUGCCUAAUGCUGACAAAAUCUUAGAGGAGGACUGCUUUGCAGAGACGCUGGAGGCCAUGGUUCAUCUGGGCAUCGACUCAGACAUGCAGGCCCAGAUAUUUAGGAUUUUGGCUGGCAUCCUCCACCUGGGAAAUGUAGCCUUCAGUCCACCGACAGAUGAAUCUCAGCCCUGUGACCUUGAUGAACAGUCUAAAGGUUUCCUGCAGACGACAGCAGAUUUGCUGAGGAUCCCUGUAGAGGAACUUCAGACGUGCCUGCGUGUGCGUGCCCUGAAGGCCGGCAGACAGAGCACGGUGGUCAAGCCAUGCUCCCAGGCUGAGUGCAGUGUGCGGCAGGAAUGCCUGGCCAAAGUCAUCUAUGCACAGCUGUUUGAUUGGUUGGUUUUCUUCAUCAAUAAGAGCAUGUGUGCUGAUAACACCAGUUGGUGCAACUUCAUAGGACUGCUGGAUGUCUAUGGCUUUGAGUGCUUCCAAAAGAACAAUCUAGAGCAGCUGUGUAUCAACUAUGCCAAUGAGAAACUGCAGCAGCACUUUGUGGGGCACUACUUGAAAGCCCAGCAGGAGGAGUAUGUAUCUGAGGGUCUGGAGUGGUCCUUCGUCAAGUACCAGGACAACCAGGGCUGCUUGGACCUCAUAGAGGGCAGCCCCACCAGCGUCUUCUCCCUGCUCAAUGAGGUCUGCCGACUGAACCGGGCAUCAGAUGCCAAGCAGUUCAUGGUCCGUCUGGAGAAAGAGCUGUCCAGCAACGAGCAAGUGAGCUGGGACAAGUUCAGCAAGCAGCCACAUUUCAUUGUGUCCCACUACGCUGGCAAGGUGGUCUACCAGAUUGAGGGCAUGAUGGAGAAGAACAAGGACCCAGUACCCCCUGAGCUGAUCCGGCUGCUGCAGCGAUCUGAGGACUCUCUGAUGCAGACCAUGUUUGCCGACGCCCAUGUAGAGGAGGAGACUACUCGAGGACACACCAAAGUCGUCACUGUGGUCUCCAAGUUCAAGAACUCUCUGGAGAGCUUGAUGAAGAUCCUGCACAGCACCACUCCUCACUAUACGCGCUGCAUCAAACCUAACCCUGACUGCAGACCUCUCACCUUCAAGACGGAGGAGGUGAUUGCUCAGCUGGAGGCGUGCGGUAUAGUGGAGACCAUAAACAUAAGCGCGGCUGGAUUUCCUAUAAGGAUUCCUUACAUAAGUUUCCUGCAGCGCUACGGGCUCAUUGGACGUUUCAGAACACACGCCAAGGUGGCCAGUCAGAAUGGGUUAGAGUCCGGGGAUAAGAACCUCCUGAGUUCUGCAGUGAUUGAGGUUCUCCGUGUGGUUCUUAAAGGACAGCCCCCUGAUCCCCAGACAUACACAGCCCACAGCUCGUUGGUGCACUGUGGGAGGACUAAGGUCUUUAUGACGCAUGCUAUGCUGGAGCUGCUGGAGGAGAGCCGGGCCAGGGAGCGCUCUCAGCGGGCCCUCCGCAUCCAGUGCUGCUGGCAGAGGUACCAGAGGCGGAGACACGAGGCUAAGACACGGGCCGCCACCCUCAUCCAAGCAGUGGUGAGAUCCUGGUUGAUUAGACAGCAGAUAAAGAAAUGGACUGAUGCCGUUCGUGUCAUCCAGUGCAGAUGGAGAGAGUGGAGACUGCUGAUGGACAGCCUGGCCGAGGCAGAGCUGGACGACGCGGAGGACGUGCGUGAGCAGGCGGCCCUGGCAGCAGCUGAGAUGCCCGGGCGUCUGAACCCGCUGGUGCGAGAGCAUGGCUUGGUGCAGCUGGCCAGCCUCCCGGAGCCCGUGGCGGUACGCAGCUGGCCCCUGGGCCUGGCACUGGCCUCGGCCCCCACCAUCACCGUGGACCUCACCGCCACCAGCUUCCAGAAGGUGGUGUCCCUCAUGGCCACGCUGCGCACACCCUUCCGGAGCACCGCCGAGUACCGCGUGGAGACAAACCAGUUUACCCAGGACAUGGCCUCCAUACGUGCACAACCACAGGGCUCCAUCAAGAUUCACCUUCAGAGAUCGCCACUCCUCUAUGCAGACAUGCAUCCUGGACACAAGGGAGACGGGAUCACAGGUUUCAACCAGAUCCUUCUAGAAAAACACUGACUGCUGCUGGAUAUGUAAUCUGUCUCAGUCAACAAACACUAGUAUGUACCAAAAGAAUCACUGCACCUUCAAAACGAUGUACAAAAUGACCAAUUAAGGGAAAAUUAUCCUGCGGCUGCCUUAUUUAAAUGUUAUUUAAUAAUGAGUGUUCUAGAGUGUUCCAAUGCUUUGGCAUUGUGGCUGAUAAAGUUUAAGUGCCUUAAGUUAAUAAUCAAAUUAUUUACUUACCUGUUUUUUAAAUUGAUCUACAAUAAAGAAAGUAUAAUGUGAUUUUAUAAAGAAUUACACCAAUGUAAAUAGUCUCCACAGAACCCAAAGAUUCUAAAUGUUAAUGUAUUGUAUAUUUUGAUUAGCAUGCUGAUGUGUCCUGGCUGUAUGCUUGAAUGGAAGCAUUACUGAUUGUAUUUCAUUGUGUUCCUUCGAUUCACGCUCUGUCAUGACCAUGUAUUGUAAUGCUUUAUUAGUCUUUAUGACAUGCUUCUACGAUCUUCCCUAAAGCUGCUGUAAACCCAGAUCCCUGCACGGGUCAGAUAGAAAGGCAUUAUUGAUUCUUAUUUCUGAUCAUUCCAGGGAAUUUUGCUUGUCUUGCAUUUAUGACAGUAUUCCAUAUUUCAUUUCAGUAUCAUCUUAAUUAUCAGUAUCAUUAUUUCAUUCUUUGAAAACACUUCAAGAUAUUGUACAAUGAAUGGCUUUUGCCCUUUCUCUGCUUGCCCAUGCUAUUUUUGUGGAUGGUCUACUUAUUCCUUUGCAGAAAAGGGAGCUGGUCAUAUCUGGGGUUGUGUUGUGCCAUUGUAAACUUGAUAUUCAUUUGUCAUUAAUUCAGGGAGUGUUAUUUAGCAUCUCACGUUCCUGUAAUGUUUUUGUAUAGCAUGUCCUACUUUCAUACCACUGAAUAGCAGACAACUGAAACGUUGAUUAUUUCUCAGUGCAAGGAUUUAAGGUCAGGGUUACAGACAACAGAGUUAAUAGUCUGAUGAUUAUGCCUGACCUUGUAAUCACUCACAAUGUGGCAAUAAAAACCCAGUG